UCUUUUAGUAUUAUGCCGAAAACAACCGAAGUAUAACGGAACAAUAUUUUGUAAAUUCUAGGUGUUCCCGUAGGCUGUUAUUUCCCAAGACAAUAGUUUUCAUAGUCUUUUAAGCCAUGACAGCCAAAGUGACCUCACCUGAUGAUGACAACAACGGGUGUACAGAUGCCACUGGAAAUGCUGCGAUUAAUGGCGACAGUCAGGAAAUGGGGGCAACGUGUCAGGAUGAAGAGAUGGACGAAGAUGAGAGUCGAUCUGAAGCAACUUUCCAGUACACUGUAGAAAACAUCAGCAAGCUGAAAGAAACUUCACUGAGUUCGGCGUGCAUGGUUCGGAAUUUGCCAUGGAAAAUAAUGGCAAUGCCUCGAUACAACCAAAAUGCAGAAAGGCAGAAAAGCUUGGGAUUUUUUCUACAGUGCAAUGCGGAAUCUGAUUCGACGUCGUGGUCGUGUAAUGCCAUGGCAGAGCUGAAGAUUCUCACCCAUUCUAGUGAUACUGAACCAUUUAUACGCAGAAUACAGCACUUGUUUUACUCAAAGGAAAAUGAUUGGGGCUUCAGCAAUUUUAUUUCAUGGAAUGACCUGUUAGAUCCAGAAAAAGGUUACGUCAAGGAUGACAAAGUUACACUUGAGGUUCAUGUGAAGGCCGAUGCACCUCAUGGUGUCAGCUGGGAUUCCAAGAAACACACUGGUUUUGUUGGUUUGAAAAACCAGGGUGCCACCUGUUACAUGAACUCCCUUCUUCAGACCCUGUACUUCACCAGCAAGCUCAGGAAUGCUGUAUAUAUGAUGCCUACAGAAAGUGAUGACAAUGCAAAAAGUGUACCAUUUGCUCUUCAACGUGUGUUCUAUGAACUUCAGUUCAGUGACAAACCUGUUGGAACGAAGAAGCUCACCAAAUCAUUUGGAUGGGAGUCUUUAGAUUCUUUUAUGCAACAUGAUGUGCAGGAACUGUGUAGAGUGCUGCUGGACAACAUGGAAAACAAAAUGAAGAGAACAUGUGUGGAAGGCACAAUACCAAAGCUGUUUGAGGGCAAGAUGUUGUCUUACAUCAAGUGUAAAAAUGUUGAUUAUGGAUCUCACCGCAGUGUUGAAAAGUAGCGGUGUCGAAACCUUCGGUUGAGCCGCCAGCUUGAUAUUCAACUUAAUAUCAAGGGCAAGAAAAAUGUCCAUGAUUCAUUCAAAGAGUACACCACAGUGGAGAUGCUGGAGGGCGAUAACAAAUACGACGCAGGUCAAUACGGGUUGCAGGAUGCUGAGAAGGGCGUCGUUUUCCUCUCGUUUCCACCAGUUGUGCAUUUACAUCUCAUGAGGUUCAUGUACGAUCCUGUCACCGACACAAACGUCAAAAUCAAUGACAGGUUUGAAUUUCCCGAGAGGUUGAAUUUGGAAGAAUUUCUCCAGAAGAAAGAAAAGACCCCAGCAGUAUACAUCCUGCAUGGCGUUCUUGUACAUAGUGGUGAUAACCAUGGCGGUCAUUAUGUUGUAUAUAUUAAUCCUAAAGGAGAUGGCAAGUGGUUCAAGUUUGACGAUGAUGUGGUGUCAAGAUGUUCAAAGUUUGAAGUUCUUGACCAGAACUUCGGUGGUCAGGAUGAUGAACUGUCUGUCAAACACUGUACGAGUGCUUACAUGUUGGUGUAUGUCAGGGAGAGUAAUAUGGGUGACACUUUCCAGACAAUAAAUGGAAAUGAUAUUCCAGAAACAUUGAAGAAUCGGUUAGCAGAGGAAAGGAGGCUAGAAGCUCAGAAACGCAAGGAGAGAACAGAAGCUCAUCUGUACAUGAAUGUGAAUGUGUUACUGGAAGACAACUUCUGUGGUUUCCAAGGCAAUGAUCUGUUUGACCUAGAGAAAGUAAACUACAGAAAUUUCAAAGUGAAAAAAACUUGCACCUUGGAAGAACUCGUCGAAAUGUUAGCAGAAAAUCUGAAAUACCCAGUAAAACAAAUAAGACCCUGGCCAUUUCACUGUCGUCAGAACCAGACAUUUAGACCAACCAUGAUUGAUAUUGACGCAGACUUGACCAAAUCGGUUCAAGAUUUGUCAGAAAAUGAUUGUCCUUGGUUUGUCUUUGUUGAAACACUCAGUCCAGAGAGUGGGUUGAAUGAAUUGCCUCCCUUUGACAAAGAAAGUGAUGUGCUACUGUUUCUGAAGAUGUAUGAUCCAAGCACCAAAUCGAUGUCAUUCUGUGGACACAUUUAUGUUCCUAUUUCGGCAAAAGCAGUGGAGUUGGUUCCAGAACUGAACAGAAAAGCUGGCUUUCCUAUCACCACUCCACUCAUAAUUUAUGAGGAGGUGAAGCCGAACAUGACGGAGCAGCUGGAGGAUCUGAAUCAGCCGAUGGACAAGUUGCUGGAGGAGCUGAUGGACGGCGACAUCCUCGUCUUCCAGCGAGACGAGCCCGACCUGGAGUCAGGAAACUAUGACCUUCCUUACGCCAAAGAUUACUUCAGAGAUCUGUAUUACCGAGUUGAGGUCAUAUUCUGUGAUAAGCAAAAUUCUAAUGAUACCGGUUUCCCCUUAGAAUUGUCACUAAAAAUGAACUAUGACCAAAUGGCACACAGUGUAGCAAAUCAUCUCGGCACGGAUCCUUACAUGUUGCAGUUCUACAAGAGCCAAGGAUACAGAGAUGGUCCAGGGAACCCCAUCAAGUGUACAUAUGAAGGUUCUUUGAAGGAUCUACUCAUCUACUCGAAGCCCAGGCAACCCAAGAAAAUCUAUUAUCAACGGUUGAGCAUCAAGAUCAAUGAACUGGAAAAUCGGAAACAGUUCAAGUGCGUCUGGGUGAACAGCAGGUUAAAAGAAGAUAAAGAGUUGGUGUUGUAUCCUGUCAAGUGUGGUAGAGUUCGGGAUCUGUUGGAAGAAGCACUCAAACAGCUCGAACUGGACAGCAAUGGCGUAGGGUCUGGUAAACUCAGGUUAUUAGAGAUUAUUAGCAACAAGAUAUUUGCCAUCCAGAAGGAGGAGGAACAACUGGACAGUCUGAAUGCGGCUGGUACAAAAACAUACAGGGUUGAGGAGAUCCCCAAAGAUGAAGAAAAUCUGGCCGACGAUGAAAUACUGAUCCCGGUGGCACAUUUUCACAAAGAAGUGUUCUCCACAUUUGGUGUCCCAUUCUUAUUAAAAGUGAAGCAUAAUGAAACAUUUGCAUCAGUAAAAGAGAGAAUACGAAAAAAACUUGAUAUCCCAGAUAAGGAGUUUGAGAAGUACAAGUUUGCCGUUGUUGUCAUGGGGAGACAGGAAUACAUACCCGACGACGAGGAUGAUCUCAAAGUGAAUCUUACACAGUUUCUGCCACACAGUGUACCAGGCGGUGGAAUGCAAGCCCGUCCAUGGUUGGGGCUGGACCACGUGAACAAAACACCCAAGCGUUCACGCUACAACUACCUAGAGAAAGCCAUCAAGAUCCACAACUGAUACAGAUGUUUCUGGGAUGAGCCCAGAGGAUUUUUUAACUUACCUACUGCACACCCUGAAAUCUCCUAUGCCAUCAUCUAUCUUGGCUGUAGGUCGCGGUUCUGCCGACCUGUCGACGGGAAUAUCUUCUCAGUCUCUUGUAACAUCUGUUGGAAGCGUGAUGAUUGAUCGCGGUACCAGAGCGAGCUACAAACUGUGGGUUUUUUUGUACUUUUUAAUCAACACUCAACAAUUAUCAAAAAAAUUUAAUUUGUAAAGCAAUGUAUUGUUGUUGAGUAUAUGUAGUGUCGGAAGGGAUUGCUUGAGCAAAGUGAGACUCUCAAAAGUUCUGUGGUGUCGAAUGGAUGUACAUACUUUGAGAAACUUUUUUUUUCUUUUUUUUCAAUUGCUGUUGAUGCAUAUUCGUGUGGCUUCAACAGCUUAACGCGUUCAUUAAAUCGGUUGCAAGUGCCAGUUUUGAAUGUUACAUCAUUUAUUUUCAUUUGUGUUUGAAUUGUUCUCUCUGUGUUGAUGUCCAGUUCAGUACAGCAUGUUUACUGAAAUUUAUGGCGAUGUUCUAUGGGUCCGUGUUGAAGAUGAACUGAGCACUGAUUCCAGCCAGGAAGAGUGUUUGAUUUAGAUACUGCUAUGAAAAAGGGAUGGACAUGAAAAUGUGAUCUAAAUUGUAUAUUUUGACAGAUGCACAAAGUAAUUCAAAGUAACCCAUGGACUCGGUUUUUGUUGUAUUUGCAGCAAAACGUUAAAAACAGUGCUUGUUUUAGUCAACACUAUGUUUUGCUUUUACUGUUCAUUUAAAAGUCUCAAAAGUCUGUUGAACGGACAUUGUAUGCAAGUUGUUUUUAGGGAUAAAUAUUAUUGUACAGAAAGAAAAUAAUGUAUGUAGUUCGGACAGUUUUUACAUAUCAACUAGGGCUGAAUGACAAAACCAUUUUUGCAGAUGAAUUGAAAGACUAAAUGGUAUUAUUUUUUGCUGUCAACUGUGGUUGCAAUGACCACUCUUGUGCCAUAACCACAUUCUCAGUAUUUUGUUAAUAGCAUGACAUGGGGCCCAGUUUCGAUCAAUGGACUCCUGUGUCGACUGGAUAAACAUACAUAGUUAAAAUUUGUGUCCGUUUAUAGUCUUAUUAUUUACUUUAUCUCUUGUCUGAUUGCAGCUUUUUCUAACUAAAAUUUCAAGUUUGCUUCUUUAUUUUUUAAAACAUUUUUUGGCAUCAGAUUUUUAUGGUCAUUAUUGUAGUGUUAAUUUCAAAAUAAUGCUUGGAUUAUCUUUGUCAAAAGAAAGAAAGUCACAUUUUUGUUUUUUCACACCAUAUAUUAAACUUACAUAAAAUUUGCUAUAGGAAGUACUUUCUACAAAUGUGGUCCCUGCAGGUCACGAUUGGCACUAAAUUUCAGGUCGGUAAAUGUAGAUUAAAACAAUUAAUGUUAUGACCCAGACUUUCAAAAGUGCUAAUCUAAAACCUUAAUAACUAAGCAGCUGCAUGCAAACUAGUUUUAAAGCUUACACAUUUUUUUUUAUUACGGCCUAGCAUUAUUUAUACUUCAGUGAACUUUUAAGUGAUAAACUGAUAAAAUAACAUAACCAGCUCCAAGUUAAAUGUAAAAAUUUCAGUAAUAAGAAGACCAGUAUAUGCAAAUAUCAGUGGUGCUCAUUGCCACUGGAGUUACAAGUAGGUAUGAUUUAUUUUUAUAUUGUACUAUUGGAAUUGUUCCUUGAAUUUGAAAAGAAAUUUAUUUUACACACACAUACAUACAUAUAUAUAAAUAUACAUGUUUGGAGGGGUUUUUUUGUGGGGUGGAGGAGGCAUAUUGGCAUUAUAAAUAUUUUUCAUUGAUACAAAACAUUUGACUUGCAAAUUAAUCUUCUUUUUAAUGCAAAAAAUAAUAAUGAAUUGGUUAUAAAAAAAAGUUAACAUUAAGAAAAAACCCACACCCAAAAACAUUUCUGAAUAUAAAUGUAAUAAAAAUGUUAACUCAUGAUUUUCAUUUUUUUUUUUUUAGGUUUUUAGCCAAACAUUUUCUUAACAUCACAAGCCAAAUUGUUCUAAGAAAUGAUAGAAGACUCCAAACCGUUAAAUAUAAUUUGAUGCUAAAGAACAUAUUUUAAGAAGCUUCUGUGGAUAAAAAAAAAACAGAAAAAAAACAAACAAAAGAAAUAUAACUAUAAAUUUUGAAAUCCCUAAAUUUCUGAAAUAACUUUAAAAAUGUUGUAUAAAAUACCUAUUUAAUGUAAAUAUUAAAUAGUUUAGUUAAAUAUCAUUGCAUUUACAGUGUAUAGAGCAUGAAUUGGCUAUAAAAGUUCUAAAGCAUACUUGCAAUAUGAAAUUAUAACAUAUUUGAGCCACAUUUUACCAGUAUUCUAAAAUUGCUUAACCACGUACAAUGGUCUAAACUACACAAAAAUAAAACAUUUAAAAAGAUGAUCCAAAAUGUAAUAUUGAUGACAAAACCAAAAUAUUUAACACAUCUUCAUGGACUAGUUUCUAAAAUAAGGGUUUGUAAAUUGUUGAUCCUUUCACUCCAACAAACCUUUUACAAACUGGUUUGCUUGUUAUGGUUUUAUUCAUUUAAAAAAAAAAAAAUCUCAUUUUGUUUUGUAAUUUAAAUGUCUGGUUAAUAUAUUAUGAUUAAAAUGGUCAAUUGCAGGGCUCACUGCACUUUGUUACUAGUUAUGAAUAGUUAAAGAACUUCUUAUGUUUGUGUUUUCACAAUCCAUCAAGAGGCAUGUUCAGGAAGGCAAGCAAUCGCAGUUGUUUGCUAUACUGGUUUUUGCGCCCAGCAAUAGAUUAAUUUGAUAUGAUAAAACACGAUGGUACCAGUCAAGUUCUCGAGCAUUUGGCCUGAACACACCAUAGAUCAUUUACUUUUUGAACAGUGAUCCCUAGAUUUACAUCAUUUGGUCCAGUCAAGGUUUUUUCUCUCGUUUGAAACUGAAAUAAAACAUUAUUAUCAAAUAGCUGGAGUGAAAGGUUUAAUGCAGUCCAUAUAAUUAAUUCUUGUUGAAUCUUUCCUUUUCUUUCAUGUUUUAUAAAGUGUUUUUUCUUAUUAUAAAAUGUUUAAAAAAAAAUAAAAAAUUGUUCUGUGGAUGUGAAAUUACCUGCAUUUAGCAACUUUUUUUUUAUUUAUUUAUUUUUCCCCCCAAGCUUUAAACAUAAUUCCUAGCAAAUCUGGCAUGAACUUUAUCUGUGAUGAAA